AUGUUGACUGCCGCGGCGCUUCUUUUCGCUUGCGCUGCUGUCAUCCCAGUAAGUACCAUUCCUCCUACUGCUCGCACAUCAGAUGCUGUGGCGCGAGUUGAUUUAUCUGUCGAUACUGAACUCGGGAGUGAAGACAGUUCCGAUGACUCGGUGAUUACAGAUGGCAGUGAUAUCGAGGCUUUGGCGGAUGAAGCGAUCGCUGGCAUCCUUGGCAUCAGUCCGGAGCAAAUGAAAAUGGAGGACGAUACAGACGAUGAUUCGGAUUUCAUGAUUGAGCCACUGUUUAGUGACGAAGAUGAAGAAGCAAGAGCAGAAGACGGUAGUGAUGAAAGCGAAUAUGAUGAAGGAAUUGCACCUGAGGAAGCGAGAAAACACAUCAAGAUAAUUGGUAUUUUUCAAUGGCAAUGGCGAGCAAUUCGCGACAGAAGGAAACGAUUCGGAGUACCUGUGGAAGGUGGAAUUGUAAUUAGCAGCAAUGGCAAUCCAAAACCACCACUCUGGCGUGCAAUGUCCGAAUUCAUGCCGCCUAUGGAAGACUACUCGUAUUACCCACCUCAAAGCAAUCAGACUGAUAAUGUGACAAAUGAAAUCGGAAUGGUGCUGGUCGGUGGAACUGGAGUGAGCGUGUUUCAUCAAAUUGACGAAGAAGAAUAUAGAGCUUUCGGUGUCGCCCAGUUAAAAAAAUGGUUAGCGGCACAUCGCGAUGGAGCGAAUAUUUUUAAAUACAAUGCCGUUGUUGAGAAAAAUAUGUAUCCGAACGGAAACGAAAACGUGUGA